UCCAUUGUAAAUGACGUAAAACCCAAUCUCCGAGAAGUGUGCAAGAUAGCCUGAAGUGGUAAAUACGUUGUGGAUAAAUAAGGUGUCCACCCACUUUAGAAGAUCGCAAUUUUCGAAUUAUCAGAAACAGUCCAACAACAAUGAACUGGAACAAGGGAGGCCCGAGUGGCAAGCGAGGCUUCGGAUUCGGGGGGUUUUCUUUAGCAAGUGGGAAGAAAGAGGAACCUCGUCUUCCCCAAAAGGCCCACUCUGCAUUUGGAGCUUCAGGACCAUCAGGUGGAUAUGGCAAGAACCAGCAGCUUUCGUCUUUUUACAAAAUAGGAACAAAACGAGCCAAUUUCGACGAGGAAAAUGCUUAUUUUGAGGAUGAUGAAGAGGAGUCUAGCAGUGCAGAUCUGCCGUAUAUACCCGCUGAGAACUCUCCCACAAGAAAGCAGUUCCAGUCCGGUGGAGGAGGAGGAGGAGGAGGCUCAGACAGUGAGGAUGACCCUCUUGAUGCUUUUAUGGCAGAAGUGGAGGACCAAGCGGCAAAGGACAUGAAGAAACUUGAGGAAAAGGAAAAAGAGAAAAAGCUGGCCAAGGGUAUACGGGAUGACAUUGAAGAGGAGGAUGACCAAGAAGCAUAUUUUCGUUACAUGGCGGAAAACCCAACAGCUGGGCUGACCCAAGAGGAAGAUGAGGAAGAAGUGGACUAUGACAGCGAUGGGAACCCCAUUGCUCCUACUACCAAAAAGAUUAUCAUGCCACUGCCUCCCAUAGACCACUCAGAGAUUGACUAUCCUCCCUUUGAGAAGAACUUCUAUAUUGAGCAUGAGGAACUCAGCAGUCUGACUGAGACCGGAGUGGUGGAACUGAGAAAGAAACUCAACCUGAAGGUUUCAGGUGCAGCGCCUCCUAAACCAGCCACCAGUUUUGCCCACUUUGGAUUUGACGAGCAGCUCAUGCACCAGAUCCGUAAAUCCGAGUACACUCAACCCACACCCAUCCAGUGCCAGGGUGUUCCGAUAGCUCUGGGUGGCAGAGACAUGAUUGGCAUUGCCAAAACUGGCAGUGGAAAGACAGCAGCUUUCAUUUGGCCAAUGCUGGUGCACAUCAUGGACCAGAAAGAGCUGGAGCAGGGAGAGGGACCCAUUGCUGUGAUCGUCUGCCCUACCAGAGAGCUCUGUCAACAGAUCCAUUCUGAAUGCAAGCGCUUCGGGAAGGUAUAUGGCCUCCGCUCGGUGGCAGUCUAUGGAGGCGGAAGCAUGUGGGAACAAGCCAAAGCUCUACAGGAAGGAGCUGAAAUUGUUGUCUGCACCCCAGGUCGCCUGAUUGAUCAUGUGAAGAAGAAGGCUACAUCUCUGCAACGAGUGACCUACCUGGUAUUUGAUGAAGCUGAUCGCAUGUUCGAUAUGGGCUUUGAAUACCAAGUGAGAUCCAUUGCCAGCCAUGUCAGACCUGAUCGACAGACUCUGUUGUUCAGUGCAACAUUUCGGAAAAAAAUUGAAAAGCUGGCGCGAGAUAUUUUGGUCGACCCCAUUCGUGUUGUGCAGGGAGACAUAGGAGAGGCUAAUGAAGAUGUCACUCAGAUAGUGGAGGUGCUGCUGUCUGGGCAGGAUAAGUGGGGUUGGCUGACACGCAGGCUGGUUGAGUUCACCUCAGCUGGCUCUGUGCUUGUCUUUGUCACUAAAAAGGCUAACUGUGAGGAGCUGGCUACGAAUCUUAAUCAGGAAGGUUACAGCCUAGGGCUCUUGCAUGGAGACAUGGAUCAGAGCGAGAGGAACAAAGUCAUCGCUGACUUUAAGAAGAAAAAUCUGCCUGUAUUAGUAGCUACUGAUGUUGCUGCUCGUGGGUUGGAUAUUCCAUCUAUCCGUACGGUUGUGAACUAUGAUGUAGCACGAGACAUUGACACACAUACACAUCGAAUUGGUAGAACAGGUCGUGCAGGAGAGAAGGGUGUAGCUUACACUCUGCUCACCACUAAAGACACUUCAUUCGCUGGUGACCUGGUUCGAAACUUAGAGGGAGCCAAUCAGAGUGUUUCAAAGGACCUGAUGGACCUGGCAAUGCAGAAUCCCUGGUUCAGGAAAUCCCGCUUCAAGGGAGGGAAAGGAAAGAAGCUAAAUAUUGGAGGUGGAGGCCUGGGUUACAGAGAGAGACCAGGCCUUGGAUCGGAAUCCACAGAGCGCAGUAGUAGUAGUAGUAGUGGUGGUGCUGCUCUUGGUAACUAUGAAGCCUACAAACCCUCAGCUGGAGCCAUGGGAGACCGUAUGUCUGCCUUGAAGCAAGCAUUUCAGGCUCAGUAUAAAAACCACUUUGUGGCAGCGUCUGGUGUUCCUCCUAAACUCACCACAAAGUCCAGCAGCUCCUCUGGGUGGACCAGUGCGGGAAGUCUAAGUUCUUUGCCUUCAGGAGCACCAGAGGGGCCUGACAGAACCCACCUAUCCUUCUCGCCAUCGUCCUCUUCCUCAUUUAACUCCAUGCCGCCGCCUCCUGCCCUCAGCUCGGGUACCAAAAUGAGCGGCUUCAGCAGCGCAGGCUCCCUGAGCUCAGUUUCAGACUCUUACUCUAGCUCUUCUUCAAAAGAGGGGUCCCGUAGCGAUAGGAAUGCUGACGACAGGGGUCGUCAUGGAGAUAGUCAUUAUCAUCGUCAUGGCGACAGGCAUAGUGGCGGAGACCGCGAUCGCUACGGGGAAAGAGACCGGCAUAGUGACAGAGAUCGUCAUAGCGAUAGCCGGAACGGUGAAGGGAGCCAUAGGGACAGAGAGGGACGGUCAGAAAGAGAUGGGGGGGACAGGUCAGGGACUCAUAAAGACAGCUUUGCAGUUCCCGAUCCCCCCAAACGUAAGAAAAGCAGAUGGGACAAUUAAAGUGUACAGGAUAGAACCAGACAACUGUUCUUAGAUCAGAACACACAGCUGACCCAGUCUCCCCAGCAGUCUUUACCUGUGUGCUUGUCUUUUUGUCCAUAUGUCAGAUGAAGCUGUAUUAAGACUCAACCACCCUUGUCAUUUACCAGAAAUAAAUACAUCCAAUGCAGGCUGUUUCAGCCAUUUAGAACUGUGAAUUGGCAAGAUUAAUAAAAUGCACCUUGAGCCUAUGUGUUGUGUUGAAGUAGGCAAACACAUUGUUUCUUUCUGAAGAAACAAAUAGGAUGAGAAAUAUUGACUCUGGCUGAUUUCAAAAGAUUUCAAAACCUCUGUUAAUAAAUAGUUGAAUACUU